CUUAGCAAAUAUGUGAUUUUCGUUCCGUAGUUUUUUUCUAUUAAUUUUCUUAUCAAUUUCACAAAGGAGUGUUUCGAUUUAUAUCCUAUAUGGUGCAAGUGCGACUCUCUAUGGUUGUUGUGUGAGGGCAUAAGUUGCGAUAUUGAAAAUGUGUUGUAAUUUGUGACAAUUAUAAGCGAAAAGUGUGUGUUGAAACAACUGGCCUCUGUGAGUAAACGUCUUUAGCACAAAACAACACAUACGGCUUGCGUUAACAAGCCAAAGGGAAACUUUCACAAUCAAAAUAGAAAGGAUCAGAAAGCAACACUGUGACGCAGUCGAAGGAUUAAAGCGUCAUAAAUAAAAGUGACUGCAAAGUGUAUGUAAAUUCCGGCAAAGCGUGUAUAGACGCCCACCCACACACAACAAUAACCUAAGCAAAGAUGUCCACAGAAGAGCCGAUUUGGCGUCAAUGUAUCGCUAAUCGCUUACGCGACAGAAAUCGCAAUGAAACCAGAGGAAAAGAGAUUAUACUGCAAAAUAACCGUUUAAUAGAUCAGGCUUCACAACUGAAAGCAGAAAAUUUAAAAAUUUCCGUUGAAAAUGAGCAACUGCGCACAGCACUUUCAACAGGUGGCGGUAAAGAUGCUACCGGCGCACAAUUAGCCAUUGCAGCGCUGGAGAAGAAACUAUUGGCACAACAGGAAGAAUUGACUGAUUUACAUAAACGUAAAGGCGAAAAUUCUCAAAUGAUUGUGGAUUUAAAUCUCAGCGUGGAGAAGCAGAAAAAGCAAAUAGCGGAAAAAGAUCUAAUUAUUAACGAACAACAAUCGGCCAAUAAUUCAUUACGUGCAGAAGUAGAAAUGUUGAAAUCCAGCUUGGAUCAGUUAAAGAAACUUAAUACGACAUUGCUAGAUGAACAUACUGCGCUCCAAUUGGCGUUCAGCUCUUUGGAGGAAAAACUGCGUGGUGUGCAGGUGAGUACCGCAGUGAAUAAAACAUUAGUGCGAAAGGCAGCUCAGUUGUUUGCGAGCGUGUGA